AUGUAUUGGACUUUCAUUUCUAACCAAGUACUAUAAGAUUUAGAAUCAAUUCCAAAUUCUACUCAUGUCCAUAAAAUAAUUAAUAAUUAAACAACUAAAAUCAAUCAUUCAUUUCAAUUAGAUUCUUUCAAAUAAUUUUCAGCAAGUAAAAUAAGAUGUUAAUCAACUCAUGAAAUAAAUGAUUAAAUUGUUGCUUCCAAAUAUUAAAGAUUUCAUGAUAUAAAAAUUGAAUUUCCUAUGGUGAGAAAAAGAAGACUUGCAAAUAUUUUAUCCAAUCCAAAUGAUUACUGUCGUAAUUUUAUAUCAUUAACUGUCUCUAGAAAGAAUAAGACCAGGAAAAAAGGGAACUUUAGCUGGUACAAUCUUAAAGAAAUACAAGGAUAUUAGACUAUCUAAUCCUAAUAAUGAUAAAUUAUUACAAUGUUCAUUCUCAACGUAUUAAAUCAAUCAAAUUUUAGAUAAGAAAUCAUAACUUCUAGAAAAUAUAUUCAUAUGAUGAAGACUCAAACAACUAUUAAAGAAAGAUAACUCUCCAAUAGCAGUUCAUCCCCUAAUGUACCUUCAACUCUAAGUCCAAUUACUCCAAUUGCACUCAAAAAUUGUAUACUACAUUUGUUAUUUAGAAUAAAAAUAUAUCAUUCGUUCUAAAUUAGGAUAAUCGGUUGAUUCAGAGAAGAUUAAACACCCUCGACAAUUAUAACCUUUGUCGCAUUUUUUAAGUUGUUCUCCUAGGACUAUUAGACCAGUAAUUGAUAAAACCUUGCAUAAAAAGUCAAAUUCAUCCAAUUCUAUAAAUUCAUUAUACAUAAUGAAUAAAGUAUAUGGGAAUAUCACUAAUAAAUAUCUACCUAAAUCAAUAUUCAAAGGUAAAUGA